CGCCGGAUCUCAGAGGUUCCCGACUUGUCCCGAUUCGAGGUUGUCACGUUCCUUGUCUUGUUUAGUGGCCUGGAGCCCCCGCUGAUUCUGACCGCGUUCCGUUGAGCUCUAGAGUGGCCCGGCCGACCGCGGUGCCGUCGCCGUCUCCACCGACGGCCCCUACCCCAUGGCGGAGGUCUGGAACGUGGGCAAGCACGAGUGCCUCCUCAGGGUGCUCUCGCCUGUCAGGGACGUCUUCGCCUCCAUCGUCCGCUGGCCGACCGGCGGGCUCGCCCUGCUGGCGAGCGGCGCGAUCAGCGUAGGGGACGAGUAUACACAGGAGCUCUGCGUGUACGCGCUCCCGCCGCGUGCCCCUACGCCAGAACAGGCGGCGCACGCGAGGCGUGGCGGGCGCGGCGGCAGGCCCCUGGGCCCCCCGCCCCUGGCGCGGCUGGUGCUUCGAGGCACCGCGAACUACUUCCACUGCCCGGAGCCCGCUUCCCGGGCUGGCGGGCUUGAGGGCCGCUUUGCGGCGCUCACUGGCACUGGGUCGCUGCAGUGCGACGCCGUUGCGCUGUUCGACCUGCCCAGUGCCGAAGGAGAGCCGCCGGCCUGCCGUGGGGCGCGGAGGUCGAGCUGGCCCCCAGGACGCGCGAGAUGCGGGGCUACGCGGUGCUCAGCGCGCGCUGGGCGCAGAGCGGGAGGCUGCUCCUCGUCAACGCGCGCCCGCGCGUGGAGGCGGGCGGCGGCUCCAGGGCCCAGGGCGGGCUGCGGCAGCCAGCCCCGAUGCUGCGGA